CUUAUCGGAUGCGUUCACGACAGUGCUUCGAGUUCAUCCGAAGCCGGUUGCCACCGGAACCUCUCCAAAGGGUAGAGAAGGCUAGCAUCGACGAAGUCUUCCUUGACCUGUCUGCUCACGUCCAUCGGACUCUGCUCCAGCAGUUCCCACAUCUUGCAGAAGAAGCGAUUGACCCAGACUUAAGACUUCCUCUUCCCGAUCUAGAUGAGCCUUUGAGCUGGGAAGAAGAUCAUGUUGUCACAGCCAAGACCGCAACGACGACCAGACCCGAUUGGGACGAUGUGGCCCUCAGCAUUGGGGCGGGCAUCGUCCGCCGACUCCGAGCAGAAGUCCUCGAGCAAUUCCACUUGACGUGCUCAGCAGGUGUGGGCUGCAACAAGAUGCUGGCGAAGUUGGCCGCUGGAUGGAGGAAGCCGAAUCAGCAAACCGUUCUCCUGCACCGAGCGGCAAGCGAAUUCCUGUCUUCCCAAAAGUUCACCGAGAUUCGUGGCUUGGGACGAAAGCUGGGGGGCGAGAUCAAGGAGACUUUUGGUUCGGAUCGUGUUGUGGAUCUGUUGCAGAUUCCGCUCCAGAAGUUGCAGGCUGCACUUGGGAACAAAAACGGUCUCUGGGUCCAUGAUGCGAUUCGAGGGUACGAAACCAGUGCUGUCAAAUCACGAAUUGCAGUUCAGUCCAUGCUUUCUGCAAAAACCUUUGUCCCAAACGUGAUUGGCUUCGAGCAAGCUCUGAAGUGGAUCCGAAUCUUCGCUGCAGAUCUCAUGGGUCGCUUGAAUGAGCUGCAUGCAGACUAUCCACGUCGGCCGACAGUUGUAGCUGUGCAUCAUCACAUCAAAGGCCGCUUUGGCCCUACACGGUCGAAACAAACCAUCAUUCCGGCGGCUGACGUGAUAGAUGAGACUGCCCUAUUCACCUGGGCAAAGGACUUACUUCGCGAAAUCUCUGACGAAGGCCUUACCUGGCCUUGCGCUAGCUUGUCCAUGAGCAUAUCUGGAUUCUACGACCUUGUUGUCCGGAACGAACGCAUCACUUCCUUCUUCUCGAGAGAGACUACAGGCCAGAAGCGCCAAACUGCUCUCCUGCUUGCCCGUACGAGUGGAGACACGGAUCAUCCGAAAAAGCAAAGGAAGAUCGAUCUGCCUGAUGCAGGCCACCUGGAGGGUAGCUACGAUUGUCCGCAGUGUCACGAGAGAAUCAACGAGUCGAAAGUGCUCGAGCAUCUAGAUUGGCAUUUUGCGACUGAUUUGCAAGCGUCAACUGGUCAGGAGGUCGAAACAACGGAUUCAGAUGAAACUGCACUUGCGAGUCUUCCGGUCUUGCGAGUUCCUGUCUAGAGCAUGAUCAGGGAGUACCUCGCCGCAACGACACC